AUGUGUUAUAAGACAAUUUACUACUGCGAUAGCUGUGGACAAUACCUAAGUUCCACCAAGAACCCUUGCGGCGUGGCUAGACGCGAUCGUAUUUUGUGCUACCGCUUCGGUGCGCCCGAGGAGAAUCAAGACCGUAUCUGCAGAGAAUGCGAUGGGAGACAGGCAGCUCGGACGCAGCAAUUCGUGCGUAACGCAUGGGACUUCGGUCGUGUCGCCUGGGCUGCACUUAAUGAACGCCGUGGCGGUAAUCGACGUCAAGGCGAUCAUCGUCAUCAAGGCGGCUAUCAUCAUCAAGGUGGUCAUUAUCGUCGCUGA